UUGAUCAUAAAAAUGGGUAAUUACAAAUUGAGAUUUUUGGACAUGAUGAUCCCCAAGGCCUGGUUCAACAACAAGCGCACACCCAACCCCAACAAAAAACACUUACAAUCGCCGCCGGAUUUCACCAAUUCCGACCACCGAAAUUCUUACUACUUCACCAGAGACCUCACUCCACUCCAGCCCGCCGCCCCCGAUCUUCCGCGGAAGUCGUUAAGGCGGCGGAGGAGCACGAAGCGGAACCGCCGCCCUUCCCACCAUGUCUCCGCCUCUGAGUCAGUCGACGACUUGUCAACGACUCAGGGCACAAACUCUGCCUCGUCCGAGCCAGCCUCUGUCCUUACAGAGUACGGCUCAGACAUACUUUGCAGUUGCAGUUCCAACUGCAACUGCAACUGCAGAGGCGGGGGCGACGAUCAUCUUCGCCCCUGCCUCCCGCCUAUCAUCACAAAGAAGAAUGAGGCGGCGGCGGAGAAAGAGGACAGCCCGGCGAGGAGGCUGCCGUCGGGGAUGAAGCUCCGCGUGAACUCGCCGCGGAUCAGGGCGGCUCAGAGGCGGCGGCGGAGCGUGUCGUCGUCGAAUUCGAGCAUAUCGGAGAGCUUGGCGGUGGUGAAGGUAUCAAAGGAUCCGCGGCGAGAUUUCAAAGAAUCAAUGGUGGAGAUGAUUUUAGAGAACAACAUAAGAGCGUCGAGUGAUUUAGAAGAAUUGCUUGCUUGCUAUCUCUCUCUCAAUUCCGAUGAAUAUCAUCAUCUUAUCAUUGCCGUCUUCAAACAGAUUUGGUUUGAAUUUAUUCAUCUCCGUCUUAAAUAAAUAUAUGUGCAUAAUUAUGCAAUUCUUAUUAAUCAUAAUUGAUGUUAAUGAAAUAUUUACAAAUUCUAUAUUGUUUUAUUAA